ACAGUUUGGUUGCGAAUAGCUGUCAUGGUCAUUGCUAACUUACCUCACAUCAAACGUUCAGUCAUUUCAAAGUUUUCUGUCCUCACAGUUGCAGGACCAAACUAGACUGUAUCAUGGCAUCUACCGUCGAAUGCAUUUCUGCCACUUUAAAGAAGGAUAUUGGCUUCAUUGGAGGCGGUAACAUUGCCAAAGCUAUUGGCCAUGGCAUCAUUAACAAUGGCUUAGUGGAAGCUUCGAAGCUUCAUGUAUCAGAGCCAGUCAAAUUGUUGCAAGAAAAUUGGCGUGAAAUGGGUGUAAAUAUAGCCGCCAAUAAUGCCGAGGUAGUGCAAAAAACAGACACUAUAUUUCUCCUUGUGAAACCUGGGUCUCUAAAAGAGGCAAUGGAAUCUCUUAAACAAAAUUCGGGAUCUCUAAAUACUAGUGAAAAAUUAUUUGUUUCGGUGUUAGCUGGAGUAUCGUUAGCAAAACUUGAGGAGGAAAUCUUACCUAUUAUACCAAAGGCAAAAAUAAUUCGAACCAUGCCAAAUAUGGCAUUAAUGGUUGGAGCCGGUGCUACUGUGUUCGCUUGUGGUCAUGGAGCAACAAAACAAGACGCAGAUCUUGUCACAACAAUAAUGUCAAGUAUCGGAAUCUGUGAGCAAGUCCCGGAGGACCUAAUAAAUGCUAUAACAGGACUUUCUGGUGCUGGGCCAGCUUACGUGUAUGUAAUGAUCGAGGCAUUAGCUGACGGAGCUGUCAAAAUGGGAGUUCCAAGAGAUUUGGCCAUAAAAUUUGCUGGACAAAGUUUUUAUGGCGCUUCUAAAAUGCUACUGCAAACUAAAAAACAUCCUGGACAACUCAAGGAUGAAGUAUGUUCACCAGGUGGUAUAACAAUUUGUGGAGUGCAUGCUAUUGAAAAUGGAGGUGUUAGAGCAGCUCUCAUGAAUGCUGUUAUAGCAGCUGUACAACGAUCAUCGGAAUUAGAUAAAAAAUAGAUACAUGCUUCGAUAUGGGAAGUUAGAAACUUUCUAUGCAAUAAUUUAUAUCGAAUAUUUUUAUCGAAUAACAGGAAAAACAAUAUAAACGAUAGGUGUGUAGAAAAUAAAUCUAUCAAAAUUCUAAAAUGAUCUAUAAAAUUUUGCGAAUCACAGUUU